CGAGACUGCAGCUCACCUCCUGCACGAGUCAUCAGAGUGACGUGUUUCUGUCACAUAACACCGCUGGUGGGAGCAGGAGACAAAUACCUCAUCUGUCUCUGUACAGUUAGAUGUCUAACCUGCAUAAACAGAUCGUGUCCUGUCCCCCAGACGAGACUAAAACCAGCACCGGGAGCAGAAACUUGAGCGGAGGGCCAAACAGGGAUGGCCUCGGUGAAAAAAGACAACAGACUGACCAGCUCUCAGAGCUUCAUGUGCGUCGGUUUCGCUGGUGUUUUCAGUAAAACCGUCACGUCGCCGCUGGAGGUGGUUAAAAUUAAAAGCCAGGUGGGAACUUUUCACAGUAAGAGAGGUUUCUGGCAAAGUUUCCUCCUCAUCUACCAGAAUGAAGGACUUGGAGCAUUUUGGAAAGGAAACCUCGCCUCUUGUCUCCGGCUGUUUCCUUACAGCGCUGUUCAUCUAACAACAUACAAAAAGAUCGUCCACCUUCACAUGGAUGAAGUGGGCUUCAUCUCUCAGUGGAGAGCCAUAUUUGCGGGUGGACUGGCGGGCGUUGCUGCUGCUCUGACCACGUACCCUCUGGAGGUGGCAGAAACCCGGCUCAUCGCUCAGAACUGCAGACAGCCCACAUACAUCGGCGUAGCUCACACUCUGUCAAAGAUCUACAGGAAUGAAGGGCUGCUUGCUCUCUACAGAGGCUUCUCCCUCACUUUACUGGGUGCUUUUCCCUUUUCUCUCGGAUGCUACGCAGUCUACAUGAACUUGGACAAACUCUGGCAGGAGCCUCCUUUUCGCUUCACUCCUCUGCAGAACUUCAUUAACGGCUGUCUGGCAGCAGGCGUGGCGCAGACCCUCUCCUACCCUUUUGAAACUGUAAAACGGAAGAUGCAGGCGCAGAGUGCCCGUCUUCCCCAUUUUGGUGGCGUCGACGUCCAUUUCAGCGGGAUGAUUAACUGUUUCGUACAGGUUGUAAAAAACAAGGGCGUCCUCUCACUGUGGAACGGCCUCACUGCCAACACAAUAAAGAUUGUUCCCUACUUCGGCCUUCUUUUUACCUGCUUCGAGAUGUGUAAGCAGGUCUGCCUUUACCGUAACGGUUACAUCGUCUCACCCCUCAGUUACAAACUUACACCGGGGGUGGACCAGAGCCUUGUGCCAUCUGAACUGGAAGAACUGAAGCGCUACUUGAGAAACAGGAACUUUGGGUCAGGGGGUUCAUCUUUUGGUAACCGCUGGUGAAACUUCACAUGAGAAGAUGUCUUGUGAAAAACACUGACUGCUGACCACACUUGACCAGCAAAAUGAAAUACUCCAGAGGCUUGUUGUAUCUGUAUUACAAACCAUUUCAGGUUUCACGUCUCCAUAAAAGGUGUUACCACGCAUUUAUGUUAUGUCUUGUCAGCAUCAACAGUCUACCUCUUGCAGAAACAUGAGGCGUUUUUGGACUGUAGGAACUAUUUCAUGACUGUAUGACCCCUUUUUUUGUUGUUUCUUCAGUGCAGGAACCAGAAACAAUCAUAGUUAGAGCACUGUUUUGAGGAACUGCCUAAGCACAAGAGAAACUAUGAGUGACAUAAGUAUACAGUCAUUGGUCGAGAUGUGAGUGUAUGUUGAUCAGUUACAACCAAGAGCUUGUAAUGGAAACAAAUUGAAGAAAAGAUGGAGAAAUGGACUGACAGUGAAGUUCAGGCUUUACUGGGCAUAUAUGCAAAGGUGGAAAGAAAACACAAUUUUGACUAGUAAAGUAAAAGUGACUUAGAGAACUGCAUACAGUGUUGGAGGUUAAUCCUAUGAAAGUUGCUUCCUGCCACAUGAAUCACAAAAAAAUUCAUCUGCAGUGUAUAAAUUUACCUGGAUGAUCGGCACUGCCUCUACACUGUGUGGCCCAUAGAGCAGGUGCACUAGAGACCUGCGGCUACCACCAGUUUAGCGCUCCGCUAACUUGAAUAGUGAUAAAAUGGUUUAAAUGUGUGGCUCUACUAGAUUUUCCAAAUGUUAUUGGACCGAAAGGAUCAAAUCUUGAAAGCAAAAUGAGUGAUUUUGCAGGGGUUGUGAUGCUAAGAAAAAAAUGUAUCCACUGAUUUACAAAUGUCACCAUGAAAGUCUGUGGGAAUAACUCUUUUGGGGCUACAUCACAUGACAAUUGUAAUUACACUGUUUGGCCAUUACAAAAAUUGGCUUCAAAGUGUAGCACAAUUCCUGGGGGCCUGUGCUAUAUUAGCCGCCGGUUCGCAUUGGUUGUGUGAAUAUCAUAUAGAAAAAAAAAAGCCCUUGAAGGUGUAUAGCUCUCCGGGGAGCUCCCAGCGGCCAGUUCCUAUCAGGGAUUCCCCAGAACAGUUUAGUCUGAAAACGCCUAUUGUUAUUUUAUCUGAUAGUAUUAUUCGUUUAUGAAUUGUUCUCUCAGCCUUCAUGACUUUCCAUGUGUGUUUCUAACCAAAUAUUUUGUGCCUUAAGUGUUAACUAUUUAUUUCAGGCUUAUUUAAGGUAUUGACAUCUGAUAGUGCCAUACCGUAUUUUUUUCAAGUAGGCUGCAAAUCCGCUUUCACCCUACUUGUGUUAUUUUUAACGUACAAUGAAUGUAAAUUUUUGAUGCGUCAUAGCAGUAGCUUAUGAUCAAUCAUGUAAAUGUGCUAACAUGGACUGUGAUCAAAGAAAUGUGCUUACAUUAAAAUUUUAUUGACACAA